CAAACACCUUGGUUUCUCUGGAAGACUCCCUAAGUUUCUUCAUUUCCUUCUCCUUCUCUUGUCCCAAACCAAAGUGAUAUUUUUUAUUCAAUGGAGGGCACCACAAGCUCUGAACUCCCACCAGGCUUUAGGUUUCACCCAACCGAUGAAGAACUAAUAGUGUAUUACCUUUGUAACCAAGCCACAUCAAAGCCUUGCCCUGCAUCUAUCAUCCCAGAAGUGGAUAUCUACAAGUUUGAUCCAUGGGAAUUGCCAGAUAAAAGCGAGUUUGGAGAAAAUGAAUGGUAUUUCUUUAGCCCAAGAGACAGGAAGUACCCAAAUGGAGUGAGGCCUAACCGAGCAACAGUGUCUGGGUAUUGGAAGGCCACUGGCACAGACAAGGCAAUCUAUAGUGGAUCUAAGCAUGUUGGGGUGAAGAAGUCUUUGGUGUUUUACAAGGGUAGGCCACCAAAGGGUGUCAAGACUGAUUGGAUUAUGCACGAGUAUAGACUAGCUGAAUCAAAAAAACAAGCUAGCAGGAAAAUUGGGUCAUGAGACUGGAUGAAUGGGUCUUGUGCAGGAUCUAUAAGAAGAAGCACAUGGGAAAAUCAUUGGUGCAGGAGGAAUAUUCAAGUGUCCAAAUUAGUAAUCUUACAGCAGCAAAUAAUGAUGAUGAACAGAAAAUUAUGAACCUUCCUAGGACUAGUUCCCUUACCUAUCUUCUGGAUAUGAAUUACUUGUGUCCAAUUUUAUCUGAUGGCUCCUAUUGCUCAGCCUUUGAUUUUCAAAUUAACACUAGCCAUAUAGGAAUAGACCCUUUUGUAAAAUCUGAACAGGUUGAAAUGACCAACCAUCACUUAGCAGAUUCAGGGAAGUUCCAAGUGAAGCAGAGUAGCACACCGUGGACCAGCCCAUAUUUGUGAAGCAAGUGUAUGAUCUGCUAGGAUGCGACCAAUAGGAGGAAAAUUUAGGAUUGUGUAGACAUAAUGAUGGCAAGCGUGUUCAUAAAAUAAUCCUGAAGAUUCUUUGUGGAAAUAUGUCAAAUAUCUGUUAUAUUCACAAACGGAAUUUCAAUGUUUAAUGCUUCAAAAUUGAAGUUCACACAUCUGGAAUUACCUUCCUUACCUCGAUACGGUUCAAACAGGGGAUGAGAUCAUGCUUUGGAAGCAUUUGAAGCUAGAUUUGGUCACCCAGUUUUUGUACAUAUUACUGAUAAUUUAUCUUGACCAACAGAUAUAGGACUAGUUUGUUUUUCAAUUAAAAAAUGAAUUCUCGUAUUCUUUUAAAUAUAAAACAUAUAGUUUAGUAAAUACAUAUUUUAAUUAUAUUUAAUUAUUUAAGUUUAUAGAUGUCAAUAAUUGAAGCCAAACAGGGUGUCAUAGUUAACAUGAUUCUUUGUUUGUACAUUGUCUUAUCCAAAAGAUGACGGAAACAAACGGUCAUUGAACCGCGUAGAAAGGAACAAAAUGCGUCUAUAAGAUUGACUUAUGCUUUGGCUUAUAUUAAUAU